CUUGCUUUGGCGCUGAGGCUGAAGCUCAUGAAGAAAUCUGGGAAGAAGAACCUCACUGCUGCUGCUGAAACAAUCCUGAAUGAAUCGGCAAUGAGUACCAGUAUCGUUUCUGGAAACGCUUCAUCUGAGAAGCAACACAGUGAUUCCGAUUCCGAUUCAAUCCCGAGCAAAGAAUCGUCUUAUGAAAUGGCUUCCUCUGAUGAUAAUCUCACUGAUAUUGAAGUCUCCAACGUUGGUACAUCUCUCCCACGCUCUGAUUCUCAGGUUGUGCACGUCAAUGGGCAGCCUGGUCUGACUGUCAACAGAAACCAUCUGAUCAGAGAUCUCCCACGCCCUGUUCAACGUCCUCCUGUUGUGCAAGUGUCUCAGCCUCAACUUAGCCGGUCUGCAAGGAAAAAGCUCAAUAGAGGUCCUGGGACCAUGAGCCUCACUGCAGCACAGAAGAGGAUGUUUGGUCAUAGGAAGGGUAAGAAGAAGCACCGUCGUCGGAAGUAUGGUCAUAGCUAUUAAGCUCCCAGCCAGCAAAACAGGGAUGCAUCUUGCAGUGAGCUCAACAAGGAUUUCUAAACUCUCAUUAUAUCCUGUGAUUGAGCGAUACACUGGUUUUGGUUUGUGAUUUCGGAUUUACCAUGUGCACCUUUUGCAAAACAUGGAUUUAGAUUGCAGUGAGCUCAACAAGGAUUUCUAAACUCUCAUUAAAUCCUGUGAUUGAGCGAUACACUGGUUUUGGUUUGUGAUUUCAGAUUUACCAUGUGCACCUUCUGCAAAACAGGAAUAUACUUGGUGUCUGUUUUGGAUUUAAGUAAUAUCUGCUUCUCUCUUAAA